CCUGAUCUGACUUGUAGUUGGCAGAGGCAGGAGGAGUGUCGCCAGCGGAAGAGGAAGCUACGCGAAACCAGCACGCCAUGGCAGCAGCUGCUAAUACCUGGUUUCCUCGAAGCUUGCCUCCAGUUCCUUCUACUUCCCAAGCAAGCUUUCCGGAGUUUUCCAUGAGAGAACGGAUGAGAGAGAAGCUCAAGGCUGCACGGUCUAGAGCAGAAAGUGCUUUGCUAGAAGAAGUCUCAAAUUCACGAUCUCUGAAAAGUUUCAGAGAGAGGAAGUCCCAUCUGAGGCUGGUAAAUGAGGUAGGUGAAGAAGAAGCAAGCGUCAUUGAAGAGAAUGAGUCCAGGGUAUCUGCAAGAGUAAAGCUGCACGAUUCUGCCAGAAAGAUGAAGCAAAAAUCCCAGAUCCAAACCAGCUAUCCUUCUUCUGAAGGAGCCUAUAACUUCUUCACUUUCCAUUUCAAUCCUGAGCCGGAGAACAUAGGGGAAGAAACUCGGCAGAAGGGAAAAAAUGUCUCUGACGCGGGUGACGAAGAGCAGAAGUCCAGUAUCGGACACCAAGAAGAACAAGUGGAGGGCGAAAUGAGUGAAGAGGAGCAUCUAGUUCGCGAUAAAGAGGACGAUGAUUUAUUGCUCCUCGAGCAGGCAGCUGCCGACUUCCUCGUGGUGAAACCUGCCGAGUAUGAGAGCUACUCUGGACGAGUACAGAAGGAGAGAGAGCUCUUCUUCAAUCCCAGCAAGCUGAGAGUGCCUGCCUCUCUAAAGGUACUUGGAAAUAUGCAGCCGAGGUACCUUGAGGACGAAGGUCUGUAUACAGGAGAGCGGCCGACCGUGUCUCUGUCAAACCAAAACAUUAUGGAGAAUCGGCUAGUCCAGCAAGAACAGGGGAAAAAAUGGUUUGGAGACGAUGGCAAGAUUUUGGCUUUGCCCAAUCCGGUGAAGCAAUCUUGCACAAGGCCUCCGAUAUUCUCCGUGGAGGAAGGUAAAGAGCCAGAACUGGAGACGCUGUAUAGAAAGGCCAUGAAAAUGACGCCUGCAAGUCAGUAUAUCGUGGGCUCAGGGGACCCCGCGGGGCAGUUCCAGUUGGAUGUCGAUAUUUCUGGGUUAAUCUUCACCCAUCACCCCUGCUUUAGCCGGGAACACGUCUUGGCGGCUAAACUGGCUCAGCUGUAUGACCAGUACCUCUCGAGGAGACAGAGAAAUCUUUCCAAACUGCUAACAGAUAAGUUGCAUGCCCUGAGAAAUGCCCUCCACAGUAUCUCGGGUGGCAGUGAAAUGGGGGCCCUUCAUCCAGUUGCACAACAGACUAUUACUGAAUAUGUGCUUGAAAUAAGGGAAACACGCAAACUUCGUGAUGCUGAGCAAGAAAGAGAUCGAGUGUUGCUGAAGGCCAUUAUCAAGGCGUGGAAGGAAAUCAAAUCCCUGCGUGACUUCCAGAAGUUCACUAACACGCCCCUGAAGCUCUGCUUGAGAAAGGAAGAAGUCGACAAGCAGAAGGAUGAGAAGGCUUAUGAGGAGGAAAUCCAGGCUGAAAUAGCGGAAUUAAUGGAAGAAUACAUGGAGGGAUAUGAAAAGAAAAUGCAAGACUACAAAACUGAACUUCAGGAAUGGAAAUCUUGGAAGAGAGCUCAGAAGUCCAAGAAAAGCAAGAAGAAGAAGAAGAGCUUUGAUCCAGGCGCAGAGGAUGAAGAAAUGGAAGAGCCGGAGGGUCUUGAGGAGCCGGUGAAACCCCUUCCUCCCCGGGUGGUUGACAGGCUUCAGGUGGAACAGCAGGUGCGGGAAAAAGCUGCCAGCAUUCGUCGGAGACCAGGGGAACCCGCUUUGAUUCCUGAGCUGAGCCUAACAGGGAACAUCACCCCAACUGAGCUUUGUCCUAGGGCUGAAGUUUCAAGACGUGAGGAUGUAAAGAAACGGUUUUUGUUUUUGAAAGUCCUUUUUAACUCCAAAGAGGUGUCGAGGACCCUUUCCCGGCAAAUAAGCUUAGACUUCCGGAUUCACUUUGGACAGAUUUUCAACUUGCAAAUAUUCAACUGGCCGGAGAGUUUGAAAUUGCAGAUAUAUGAAACAGUUGGUCAUGGCAGCGUGAACUUGUUGGCCGAAGUAUUUGUACCAAUCCCUGAGACAACAGUUCUGACGGGGGGAGCACCUAUAGAAGAAAUUGAAUUCAGCAGUGACCAGCGUGUGACGUUGGACCACGAAGGCGUGGGGAGUGGUGUUCCAUUUUCAUUUGAAGCUGAUGGCAGCAAUAAAGUAACUCUAAUGACAUCUGGCAAAGUAUCCUGCAGUGUUUCCUGGGCGGUUGGAGAAAAUGGAGUGCCCUUAAUUCCUCCAGUAUCACAGAGAAAUGUUGGGUUCACCAGUGCUGUGAAGAAUAUUGAUGCCAUCGCAUCUGUUGGCACGUCAGGGUUAACAGACAUGAAGAAGCUGGCCAAGUGGGCAGCAGAGACCAAGCUGGACCCCAACAACCCCAGCAACGCGGCCCUCAUGCAUCUGAUAAUGGUGUCCACCAGUGGAGAUGCUUCCGUUCCUGAUUUCUUCAGGCUGGAGCAACUACAGCAGGAAUUUAAUUUUGUUUCCGACGCUGAAUUUAACCAAUCCAAACGAUUUCGACUUCUUCAGCUCAGAAGUGGAGAGGUGGCUGAGUUUCGCAGUUAUAAACUUGUCCCUUUACUGGAAAGAGAAAUCAGUGAAAGAAUCUUCCAGGACUAUGAGAAAAGGCUACAGGAGAGGGAUGUCAUUGACACCAAGGACCACCUGGAUGCACACAGAGCUGUAGUCGCCAAGUACCUGCAAAAGGUGAGGGAGUCUGUAAUAAACCGAUUCCUGAUCGCAAAGCACCAUUUUCUCCUUUCUGAUAUGAUCAAUGAAGAAGAAAUCCUGAGUCUUGGCAUUUUGGGACUCAGUCUUUUUAAAUUGGCGGAGCCAAAACGGCCCUUGAAACCCAGACGAAAAGAGAGGAAAAAAGUCACAGCUCAGAACCUCUCAGACGGGGACAUCAGCGUCCUGGUGAAUAUCGUUAGAGCUUACGACAUUCCUAUAAGGAAGCCGGAAGGCAGCAAACUUCAGCAAUCGUCUAGAACAUCCCGAAGCUUCAAUGAGAUGUUUGCUGCCUCUUCAAACCUGCAGAGCCCAACCCACCCAGCACACUGGGCAUUCAGUCAGGUUUUAGUACGACCUUUUGUAGAAGUUUCUUUUCAGCGAACAAUUUGCCGGACGACAACUGCUGAAGGGCCAAAUCCCAACUGGAAUGAGGAGCUUGAAUUACCAUUUCGAGCCCCCAGUGGUGACUACAGCACUUCCGGCCUGCAAUCAGUGAAAGACGAUGUGUUCGUUAACAUUUUUGAUGAAGUCCUAUAUGACGUCUUAGAGGAUGAUCGUGAGAGAGAAAGUGGAGGAGUCCACACUCGUGUUGAGAAGCACUGGCUUGGAUCGGUGCGGAUCCCGUUUACAACUAUAUAUUUUCAAGGAAGAAUUGAUGGUACGUUUAAGAUAGAUAUCCCCCCAGUUCUUCUUGGGUAUAUCAAGGGGAAAAAUCUAGGAACUGAAAGAGGCUAUGAUUCCAUUCGAAAUCUGACUGAAGGCUCCUAUAUAUCACUGUUCAUUACUAUUGAACCACAGCUCAUCCCUGGAGAAUCAGUUCGGGAAAAGAUGACUGAAAUGCUUAAGAAGUUUGACAGCCAAGAAGAUGAGAAGCUCCUCCAAGCAGCUGAGAAGUAUCAGGCUGAAUGUCUGCUGAAGUUUCCCAGCCGCCAAUGCCUGACGACGGUCAUUGACAUUAAUGGGAAAACGGUCUUCGUUACGAGAUACAUCAAACCUCUGAACCCGCCAGAGGAGCUCCUUCGGGGCCAUGCGGACAACCCCCAAGCCACUUCUGAGAUGGUGGCGCGUUAUGUAGCCCUGAUUCCUUUCUUGCCCGAUAGCGUGUCGUUUGCUGGAAUUUGCGACUUGUGGAGCACAUCAGAUCAGUUCCUUGAUCUUUUGGCUGGAGAUGAGGAAGAACAUGCUGUGCUCUUGUGUAAUUAUUUUCUGGCUCUUGGCAAAAAGUCCUGGCUUCUAAUUGGAAACGCAAUUCCUGAGGGAGUAACAGCAUAUGUGCUCACGUGGGAACAAAACCAGUAUGUGAUCUGGAAUCCCAGGAACGGACACUUUUAUGGGCAGUAUGAUACUUUCUGCCCACUGCAAAAUGUAGGCUGUUUAAUUUCUGGUGACAAUGUUUGGUUCAAUAUCCAGCAAUAUGAUUCCCCACUGAGAAUAAGUUUUGAUGUCAGCAAACCCAAAUUUUGGAAACCGUUUUUUUCCAGAAGUUUACCGUUUCCUGGCCUCUCCAGUGUGCAGCCUGAAGCACUGUUUUACCAACGCGUGGACAAGACAGCUGCACUAGAACUGCAGGGCAGACUCGAGAAGAUUUUGAAAGAGAAGGUCAUGGAAUGGAGACCCAGGAACUUGACACGGUGGAACAGAUACUGUACUUCUACUCUUAGGCACUUCUUGCCUCUGCUGGAAGAGAAUCAGGGCAAAGAUGUAGAAGACGACCAUCAGGCAGAAUUACAAAAACAGCUGGGAGACUACAGGGUUUCAGGAUUUCCUAUCCACAUGCCUUUUUCAGAAGUCAGUCCUUUAAUUGAAGCAGUCUACACUACUGGAGUCCAUAACAUCGAUGUUCCAAAUACGGAGUUCGCGUUAGCAGUCUAUGUUCAUGCUUACCCUAGAAACAUUCUCUCAGUGUGGGUGUAUGUUGCUUCCUUAGUUCGUAACAGAUAAAAGCUGAAUUAAGUAAACUCUCGUGUGCUUUUGCCUCUUCCCAACGAAGAACUGCACUUGACAUUUUUACCUUCUUCGCAUUCUUAAGAAUUAGAAGGUAACAUUCUUUGUACCCCUUUACCAUAGGUUCUAAUUUUGUAUUUUUAUAUAUUAAAGAUAAAAGCCACACCUUUUAA